GUCGGCGAAGCGCUCACUUCCGCCAGGAGUUGACACGCACACGGGGUCAUAUGACCGAGGCCGCUUCCCCUUCCCAAGAUGGCGGACAACCUGCCCUCGGAGUUUGAUGUGGUGGUCAUAGGAACGGGUUUGCCCGAGUCCAUCAUAGCGGCCGCGUGUUCAAGAAGUGGCCAGCGGGUUCUGCAUGUGGAUUCGAGAAGUUACUAUGGAGGAAACUGGGCCAGUUUUAGUUUUUCGGGUUUAUUGUCCUGGAUAAAAGAAAACCAGGAAAAGGCCGACUCGUGCGAGGAAAGUGAAACCUGGAAGGACCUGAUCCUUGAAGAUGAAGAAGGUAUCCCUCUUAACAAUAAGGACAAAACGAUUCAGCACGUUGAAGAUUUCUGCUAUGCCAGUCAGGAUUCGGCUGAAGACGUUGAAGAAGCUGGCGCCCUGCAGAACCUCUCUGCCUUGGUCACCUCUGCUUCUGAGGCUGAAGAAGAAGGUUCGGCUAUCUCUGAAGCCGGGUGCGAGAGCUGUCCUUCAGAGGAUCAGUCAUCCGGGACCAAAGGAGAAGAAAUGUCUCCAGAUAGUGUUGCAGGAAGCGAUCAAGAAUGUGCAGCUGCCCAGAAUGGCAUCCAAGCGACCUCUCUGGGAGAGAAACUCGGUGACAGCCCAACGUCUGAUCAGUCAGUGCUGGAAAUGGGAAACCAAGAAUCUGCCUCACUGGUGGAAGCUGCUGGCGAACCAAAGAAAAUUACUUAUGCUCAAAUUGUUAAAGAAGGCAGGAGGUUUAAUAUUGAUUUAAUUUCUAAGUUACUGUACUCCCGAGGAUUGCUGAUUGACCUCCUAAUUAAGUCAAACGUCAGUCGAUACGCCGAGUUCAAAAAUGUCACUCGGAUUCUUGCAUUUCGAGAUGGGAAGGUGGAGCAGGUACCGUGUUCCAGAGCAGAUGUCUUCAACAGCAAACAGUUGACUAUGGUGGAAAAGAGAAUGCUCAUGAGAUUUCUGACAUUUUGUCUGGAAUAUGAACAACACGCUGAUGAAUACCAAGCUCACCGGGACUGCAAGUUUUCAGACUACUUGAAAACCCAGAAGCUAACUCCCAUCCUGCAGCAUUUCAUCUUGCAUUCUAUCGCGAUGGUCUCCGAGGCCGACUGCUGCACCACAGACGGCUUGAAGGCGACCCAACGGUUUCUGCACUGCCUGGGACGCUACGGCAACACUCCGUUCUUAUUUCCUUUGUACGGCCAGGGCGAGAUCCCACAGUGCUUCUGCCGGAUGUGUGCUGUCUUUGGCGGUAUCUAUUGUCUCCGCCACGCCAUCCAGUGCAUUGUAGUGGACAAAGAAACAAGAAGGUGUAAAGCAAUCAUAGAUCACUUUGGUCAGAGAAUAAGUGCCAACUAUUUUGUUGUGGAAGACAGCUAUCUUUCAGAAAAAAUGUGCGCAAAUGUGUGUUACAGGCAGAUCUCCAGAGCGGUUCUUAUUACGGAUCAAUCAAUGUUGAAGGCCAGCUCAGAUCAACAGAUUUCUAUUUUGACUGUCCCGCCAACAGAGCUCGGACAGCCAGCGGUCUGCAUCGUUGAACUGUGUUCCUCUGCCAUGACGUGCAUGAAGAAUACCUACUUGGUCCAUUUAACUUGCUCAUCCAUUAGAACCGCUAAAGAAGAUUUGGAGCCUGUUGUGGGGCAGUUAUUCAGUGUGGAUAUGGAAACAGAAAGUGGGAGUGCAGAAGCGCAAAAGCCCAGAAUUCUCUGGGCGGUAUAUUUCAACAUGAGGGACUCCUCCGGUGUGGACAGAGCUUCGUACAACUACCCCGCCAACGUCUAUGUUUGUUCUGGGCCAGAUGGUGCUUUAGGAAAUGACUGUGCAGUGAAACAGGCAGAGGCCAUCUUUGAAGAGAUGUUUCCAUAUGAGGAAUUCUGCCCGCCACCUCCCAACCCAGAAGACAUCAUCUAUGAUGCAGAUGGGACUCAGCCAGAGAACCCUGGUAAUCCGACAGAAGCCACAGCAGAGACUUUGCCUGAGAAUAGCAGUAAAGAGAUGGAAGGACCCCAUGAGGAGGAAGCCAGUGAGGAGAACAGGCCCUAAUCCGGUUCUGGGUGAAGUUUGGCCCUGUCUGAAGUACAAGCAAAACCUUUUCAUCAUCUCCGCUAUUCCAGUGGGAACUUCACAGAGAUGCUUAAUAGCCUCCAUCGGAACAGCCUCCAUCGGAAAAAGUCUCCAUCAGUUCAUUUUGGCCAUGAUACAUAAGCUAAAGCGUUAUACUCCUGCCUCGCUUCUCUUGGAAAUCCGUUUACCAUUUUGUAAGCGAAAUGUUGCCAUCUUCCACUGCAUUGCAGUUUGCUGAAAUCGGCUGCUGCAAAACGUGCAACCUGCUUUGCAAGAAAAAGGUGGGGGAGAAAUAAAAUUCUGUUCCUGGAAAACCA